UAACGAACCUCUGGAUCCAUUUUACAACACUGCCAGUUUAGGCGUGCACCGAGACAAGACAAAUCCAACUGAAUUUAAACGAAAUCAUGGAGGACGAGGACGAUCCCGUUGUGGAGGAGAUACCCGUGUUUCUGUCGAAGAACCUGCAGGACAGCUUGUACCUCUUCCAAUACCCAACGAAAACGGAACUCCCGAACCACGAUGAUUCCGUGAUUGUUAAUUGUUGUGUGAAACCAAUCGCCCAGGAGGUGAAAGUGGAUUUUGGCCUGGACAUUGAGUCCACCCACUUUGAUCGCUUCAAGGGUGAACAAUUUGCGGUAGCCGCCGAUGGCAAGAACACCUUUGGAGCGGUGCCACCAAAAGGUCAGGAGCGACCCACCUACAAACGUGGCAUUAUGGACAAACAGGCCUUCACCAGCUCGCGAUCUCUAACCGAUGUGGCCAAGUACAUUGUGGGCAUUUACACGGAUCGGGAGUUCCACCUUUCGCCACUUACCUCAAUUGUCCAGAUGCGUCCCGCUCUCAGCCACUUCGACAAGGAGGACAAGCGCAAGAAGGCGGAGCAAAAGGCCCAAACGGAGGACACGGACGAUGACGAGGUGCUGCAGCAGGUCACGGUGAAGUUUGCCCGUGGCAAUGCCAAAAACAGCGGCAAGGAGCAACGAGUCGGCACCUACGAUGGUUUUGUCCAAAGGAUAGCGGAUGAACCUUGGUGCGAGGCUUACUGGCAUUCAAGGGGCACGCCCACCGCCGAAUUGGAGCGCCAGAAACUCUUCGCCACUAGUCAUCAGGGUAGUCAGGCCUUGGCCCUUGGUCCAGGCGACUAUCUGCGUAAGCUCUUGCCCUACGAUGAGCAUGUGCAGCCAGUAGUUACCGCAACUGCUGCCACUGCUGCCGCUCAAGUCCUUCCCGUCUACAACAAGGCCAUGCUGAAGAGUAUGCCGCUGCUAGAGCAGCUCACGGUGCUCCUAAGAGAUGCUCGAAUGCUGUCCUUCAGCGAUGUGAUCGGUAUACUCACCGAGCAUGUGGAUCCGCAUGUGCCGGCCGACAAGGUGCUUGCUCUGCUGCCCCAGGUGGGCAUCCUGCUGCACGGCAACUGGGUGCCGCGAUCCGAGGUGGUCUUCCCCGAAAAGAUGCUCUCCCAUGCCAACGGCGUGCCGGCGGAACAGAUGAUUCGCGCCAGGGAUUACAUACUCUUCCGUUUCUCCCGCACUCCCUACCUGUUCCGCACUCAGGUGAUGGCCGCCACCCAGUUGCCACCGGCGGAAACACUGGACGUUCUGAGGACCGUGGCCCGGGUGAACACCACAAAACGCUGGGAGCUGCUGCUGCCACCGGACAAGGAUUUCGAGCAAAAGUAUCCGGAACUGGUGGGCCGCCAGGAGUACCACUGGACCGCCUCAGAGCAACACUACAACGAAAUGGACUGGGCCAGAGAAACGAAGCGAGUGCGUAAGCGAUCCACAAGGAAGAGCGAGUCCCAGUCAUUGUCCACAUCCAUGCCGCCGCCUGCAAAGAAUCCUCUAGCAACAGGAUCCGUGGACGCGUAGCAUCGGGUGUUGACCUCCCAGUGGCGGAGGAAUGGGAGCACAAGUCUUAUACAUCUAGGCACUAAUAAAGAGACCAACAAGUUUAUUUUGUUACAAGCAA